CAAAAACGGAAAUGGAAACACGAAACAAAGCGACGGAGACAGCAGACGACAGAACGAAUCGAAACCCCAAUAUCGACCGAAGCGAACACCAACGCUAUGAUCAUUAUCUCUUCCUCGCUCCCGAUGAUUCCCCCACUUGAUUUCGAUCCGAUGUGACGCCUACACUCUCCCUCUUCUCUGAAGUACUGCACGGGUGCACGCCUCUUCGAUCUUGAUUGCCUCUUCUCUCCAUCAAAGUUCGAUCUUUGCCGCCUCCAUGGCCACCGACGCCCCCGCCAAGUUCCGCCGGCCGGAGCUCUUCCCCUCCGCCGGCGACCUCAGCGUCGCCCAGCACGACGGCCUCCGCUUCUGGCAGUUCAUGGUCGCCGGAUCCGUCGCCGGCCUCGUCGAGCACACCGCCAUGUUUCCCGUUGACACCCUCAAGACCCGGAUGCAGGCGGGGUCGCCGCUCGGCAUGCGCCAGGCUCUCCGCGCCGUCCUCAGCCUCGAGGGCACCUUCGGCCUCUACCGCGGCCUCGGCGCCAUGAGCCUCGGCGCCGGCCCCGCCCACGCCGUCUACUUCUCCGUAUAUGAGCUCUCCAAGGAGUCCCUCGCCAGGGGAAACCCCAACAAUCCGGUCGUCCACGCUGCCUCCGGGGUGCUUGCUACGGUCGUCAGCGACGCCGUGUUCACGCCGAUGGACACCGUGAAGCAACGGCUGCAGCUGAAGGGUAGUCCAUACAGAGGGGUUAUGGACUGCGUCGCCAGGGUUCUGAGGGAAGAGGGUUUUAGGGCGUUCUUCGCUUCGUACAAGACUACCGUGGUGAUGAACGCCCCUUACACCGCGGUGCACUUUGCGACAUAUGAGGCGGCAAAGAGGGGGAUGAGGGAGAUUUCGCCGGAGAUUGCAAGCGACGAGCGACUAGUCGUGCAUGCCACUGCUGGCGCUGCUGCGGGUGCCUUGGCGGCGGCUGUCACCACACCCCUCGAUGUGGUCAAGACACAGCUACAGUGUCAGGGUGUUUGCGGUUGCGAUAGAUUUUCAAGCAGCUCUACAAGUGAGGUUAUACGGGCUAUAAUAAGGCGCGAUGGGUAUACUGGCCUGAUGAGGGGCUGGAAACCUAGAAUACUAUUUCAUGCACCAGCUGCGGCCAUUUGCUGGUCUACUUAUGAAGCAACCAAGUCAUUAUUUCAAAAGCUGAAUGAUGAAAAGUGACCAUCUGUCAUAAAGAAAAAUUUUUCCCCCUUUCGGGUAGUUCUAAAUAUUAUACAGAAACCUACCUUGGCACCAGGAUAUCUCAUAGUCUUCCCCCCCACCCCCCUUUCAAUUAGUUCUAAGUCUUAUACAGAAAUCUGCCUUGUUGCCUGCUAAAAGCAAGCAUCUAUAAUGCAUGCUGUUGUGGCUGUUGUUGUCAAUGUGGACUUGAUAUUUAGUUAUAUUAAAAAUUAUCUGUGAAA